AUGGGUCUCAUUUCAUAUGAGGAGGGUAAGCAUGUUAUUCUUGACAAUGCUAGGAGCAUUUGCCAUCAGGAUGUCCCCGAUUUGAAACUUUUAUUCAUCGAGAGAUUCCUCAUUUUUGAUCACACGACUCAAAAUUGGGCCUUGCUUUCCAUCAAAAUGGAUGACCAACCCUGGUUGACGACCUUUUCGGAAAAGCUUGUCAAAUCGCAUAUACCAAAUCUUCAAAAAAGCGACGUUCCCGAGAGUGUUAAAGAACUCUGCGAAGACGGUCUCAUUAAGUUCGAUUUUCCAGACAGAGAAGCUUACAGAAAGCAGUUCGAGGCCUGUCAGAAACAUUUACAUUCGGGAGACUCUUACGAGCUCUGUUUAACGACCCAGCUGAAAAUUAAGCUUCCUUACAGUGUCCAAGCGUGGGAGAUGUAUAAAAUCCUUGCUUUACACAAGAAUCCUUCACCAUAUUCAUCAUUUAUGGCAUUUGACGACUGUGUCCUUUUGUCGUCUUCCCCGGAGCGAUUUUUAUGUUGGAAAGAUGAUGAGGUCGAUAGAAAGAAGAAAGUCGUUGAAUUGAGACCGAUUAAGGGGACAGUUAAGAACGAUGGCUCGAUAACUUCAGACAUGGCGCAAUCGCUCCUCAAAACACCGAAAGAAAUGGGGGAGAAUCUCAUGAUUGUUGAUCUCAUUAGGCAUGAUCUUAAUCCAUUUGUGAAAAAAGUGGAUGUCAGUGCUUUGAUGACAGUUGAGAAGUAUAAAACUGUCUAUCAGCUUGUAAGCGUAAUAAAGGGGGAGCUUCACAACAGUUGUGGUUGGGAAGUUUUGGCAGAGUCGCUUCCUCCAGGGUCAAUGACCGGAGCGCCAAAGAAGAGAUCAAUUGAACUUCUUCAUGACAUUGAGGCCUUGCAAGAAGGAAUGAAAAGCAGAAGAAGAGGCAUUUACAGUGGAGUAGCAGGAUAUUGGUCAAUCACGGAUGAAGCGGACUGGUCUGUAACAAUACGGUCCUUGUUUCAUUAUAAGCACGACAAAGAAAAUUCCGAACAAGAGCAGGUGUGGCGCAUUGGGGCAGGGGGUGCCAUUACAGUUUUGAGUGAUGAAGCGGCCGAAUGGGACGAGAUGUCACUCAAAUUGUCUAGCGCUCUUCAAAUAUUUAAAUAG